AUGACUGAACAAACUUUCACCAUGUUCCUCCAACAGGACGAAAAGGACAUGACGCGGUACUCAGAGCACGCCUCCCACGGCAUCGCCUUCACUUCAGGUCCGAUGGACAUGGGCAUCCCCGCCGACGCCUACGGCGCGUAUGCCGGUUCCCUCGCGACCACCAUGGGCGGCCUCGAGCAGACCAUGUAUGGAGCCGAUGGCGGUGUCCCCAACUACAUCCUCAACGCCAGCCGCACUUCCCCGAGCACAUACCCGGACGACGGAGACAUGAGACUGUCGUCGUCGGGCCUGUCGACGGCCUCGGCGCCAUCCGCGCCGUCCUCGGUCGUCGGAUCGCCUCAGUCGCAUACCGGCGGCCACCUGGGCGUUCCCGAGUGGGCGACGAUGCAGCCGAGCAUCGUCGGCGAUUACAUGACCGGAGGCGACUACCCGACGUUUUCGAGCUCUAAUAUGGAUGAUCUCUCGACAUUUGACUUUACACAUGCCAAGACCUUUGUUGAUCCCUCGCUGAUCCACCCGGAUAUUGGACAGCCCAACCCAAUGUCCUUUUCGCCAUAUGAUGCCGGCUUCCACCAGCCCGUUCACCCGUAUCCUGCGUCGCCCUCUCUCGCCGCCUCGCCACAACCCUCGAUGAUGCGCACAAGCUCCUCUUCACCUUAUCUCCACAACGGCUCUUUCCAGACCGGCUUCGCUCAGAGCCCUUACGGCACGCCCAUGGACCCCACCGGUCGCCGCCAGAGCAUGGUCGGCCCCGGCUUCAUCUCGCCGGGCUCUGCCGAGUAUCCCUCCGGCGACGAGAACAAGGAGCGCCAGCGCUGCACCUAUCCCGACUGUGGCAAGGUUUUCAAGGACCUCAAGGCGCACAUGCUCACCCACCAGACUGAGCGUCCCGAGAAGUGCCCUAUUCAGACCUGCGAGUACCACGUCAAGGGCUUUGCGCGCAAGUACGACAAGAACCGCCACACAUUGACCCAUUAUAAGGGUACCAUGGUCUGCGGUUUCUGCCCUGGCUCUGGCUCGGCCGCCGAGAAGUCCUUCAACCGCGCCGACGUUUUCAAGCGCCAUCUGACAACGGUCCACGGCGUCGAGCAGACGCCGCCCAACUCCCGCAAGAAGGCCCCCACCGCCGUUAACCCCGGCAAGAAGCUUACUGGUUACGCUCCUGAUGCUACCGGCAAGUGCAGCACUUGCUCCCAGACCUUCUCCAACGCCCAAGACUUCUACGAGCAUCUGGACGACUGUGUUCUACGCAUUGUUCAGCAGGAGGACCCCGCCGAGGCCAUCAACGCACAGCGCCUUGCCGAGGUGGAGAAUGACAGCAGCGUUCACCAGACUCUGGAGAAGAACAAUCUGCCCACUACGACUCCCACGAACCAGUCUACCCCUGGCGAGGAUGACGACGAGGACGAUGAUAUGGAGGAUGAUGGUGAGGACCGCCUCAACUCAUCACCCAAGAAGAAGCUUGCACUUGUGAACGGUGUUUCCAAGUCGCGUGGCUUGACCCAUUCCCGCGGCGGUGUCCCUCUCAUUGGCAAGACACGUGGUCGCAAGAACCGCAAAGAUUACCCUUCCUCUUGGGGCUUCGACAAGGGUCAAAUGACCAUGAAGAAGCGCAUCAUGGCCGUCUUUGAUGGCGGCCGUCGCUUGGCCAAGGAUGACCUGAUGCUUUCCACCGACCGCGAGGUCCGCCUCAAGCUCUCGGAUGGCAAAUCCUACGUCACCGACCUCGACGUGCAGACCAUGAAGCGCGCCGAAGGUUUCCUCAACGCCACCGACGAUGAAAAGGGUCCUUGGGUCUCCGAUGACCCUACUGAGGAGCAGAUUCUCGAGAUGCAGAGGGUGCAGGAAAUCCUCAGCACCCCCGAGACCACCACAGACGCCGCUUCCGCUUCUUCGUGA